GGAAUCAGACACCAGGUCUCAAGGGGAGAGAUUGCCAAAAGGAGGCUCUUGGGACAACCUGCAAGGAAAUAAAAAUUCCUUCAGACUGCGAACUGGAACCUGACGCCGAAAAGGAUGGAUUUACAAAGAGCCAAGCGGAACUGAAGUCCGAUGGCCCCCGAAAUGUGCAUGGUUGCCGGGGAGGGCUAGCCUGAUUAUAUAUCGCUGUCAGCAGGGUGUGUUGGGUUGGGAAGAAGGAUAAAAGAGGUCAGGCUGAACUGAUGCCCGCUGUGGACAUAAAAAGUCCCUUGGAGUUUGCAAAGCUGCAGCCUCAUCGAUGGAAGUAGGCGUCUAAAGCCCAAGUUGAUCAGAGAGGAGGGAGCGGCGUAGCAGGAAGGUCCCAAAGGUGUAACCCAGAGUCCUCUCCCCACCACCCCCGGUGCAUUGACAACAGCAUCCACAGUGACCUCCACGGUGGUGACCACAGCAUCAGCCAUGGACCUGCGUGACUGGCUCCUGCUGUGCUAUGGCCUGGUGGCCUUCCUGAGUGAGGUGAUGGCCAGUGGCGCCUCCUGCCCCUCAGUGUGCCGCUGCGACAACAGCUUCAUCUACUGCAAUGACCGGGGCCUGACUUCCAUCCCAGCCGACAUCCCCGAUGAUGCCACCACCCUGUACCUACAGAACAACCAGAUCAACAACGCCGGCAUCCCUUCCAACCUCAAGUCCAAACUCAACGUCCAGGUGAUCUAUCUCUAUGAGAACGACCUGGACGAGUUCCCUGUCAACCUGCCACGCUCACUGCGGGAGCUGCACCUCCAGGACAACAACGUGCGCACCAUUGCUCGCGACUCCCUGGCCCGCAUCCCCCUGCUGGAGAAGCUCCAUCUGGAUGACAACUCCGUCUCCACUGUCAGCAUUGAGGAUGACGCCUUUGCCGACAGCACCCGCCUCAAGCUGCUCUUCCUGUCCCGCAACCACCUCAGCAGCAUCCCAUCUGGCCUGCCUCGCACCUUGGAGGAGCUGCGGCUGGAUGACAACCGCAUCUCCACCAUCCCGCUGCAUGCCUUCAAAGGGCUGAACAGCCUGCGGCGGCUGGUGCUGGAUGGGAACCUGUUGGCCAACCAGCGCAUUGCCGACGAUACCUUCAGUCGGCUGCAGAACCUCAGCGAGCUGUCUCUGGUACGCAACUCUCUGGCUGCCCCUCCGCUCAAUCUGCCCAGCUCCCACCUGCAGAAGCUGUACCUCCAGGAUAACGCCAUCAGCCACAUCCCCUACAACACCCUCUCCAAAAUGAGGGAGCUCGAGAGGCUGGAUUUGUCCAACAACAACCUCACCACUCUGCCCAAGGGCCUGUUUGAUGACCUGGAGAGCCUGACCCAGCUGCUGCUCAGGAACAACCCUUGGUUCUGUGGUUGCAACCUCAUGUGGCUGAGAGACUGGGUCAAGGCCCGGGCCUCAGUGGUCAAUGUGAGGGGGCUGAUGUGUCAAGGGCCGGAUAAAGUGAGAGGUAUGGCCAUCAAGGACAUCACCAAUGAGAUGGAUGAGUGCUUUGAGGCAGGUGCACAGGGCAAUGCAGUGGUGGCCAAGACCACCACCAGCCACGCAACCGUCACCACACCUCAGGGCUCCCUCUUCACCCUCAAGGCCAAGCGACCUGGGAUCCGCCUGCCAGACUCCAAUAUUGACUACCCCAUGGCCACAGGGACUGGCACUAAGGCCUUGGUUCUCAAUGUCAAGCCACUGACAGCUGACAGCAUCCAGAUUAGCUGGAAGGCCAUGCUGCCUGCAGCUUCCUUCCGGCUCAGCUGGCUGCGUCUGGGUCACAGCCCAGCGGUAGGCUCCAUCACUGAGACCCUGGUGCAAGGGGACAAGACUGAGUACUUGCUAACGGCCCUGGAGCCCAAGUCCACCUACAUCAUCUGCAUGGUCACCAUGGAGACAGGCAGCACCUAUGUGGCAGAUGAAACUCCGGUGUGCGCCAAAGCGGAGACAGCUGACACCUACAGCCCCACCACAACUCUCAACCGGGAGCAGAACGUCGACCCAAUGGCUGGGCUGCCUCUGGCAGGGAUCAUUGGCGGGGCGGUGGCCUUAGUCUUCCUCUUCCUGGUCUUGGCAGCCAUUUGCUGGUAUGUCCACCGAACGGGUGAGCUGCUGACGCGGGAGAGGGCCUACAGCAGGGGCAGCCGGAAGAAAGACGACUAUGUCGAAUCGGGUACCAAAAAGGACAACUCCAUCCUGGAGAUCCGAGGUCCUGGACUGCAGAUGCUUCCCAUCAACCCACACCGAGCCAAGGAGGAAUAUGUAAUCCACACAAUAUUCCCAUCCAACGGCACCAGCUUAUACAAAAGCACCCAUACCAUCGGCUACGGCACAACCCGUGGAUAUAGAGAAGGCGGCAUCCCAGACAUAGAUUACACCUAUACAUGA